AUGACAAAAUCAUCAUCUCCCGGAACAAGACUCCAAGGGAAAGUCGCCAUCGUGACGGGCGGCGGAUCCGGUUUCGGCGCCGCAAUCGCGCGCCGCUUCGGCUCCGAAGGAGCAAAAGUGAUAAUCGCAGACAUCAACGCGGAAGGCGGCCAGAAAGUGGCAGCGCAGGACCCAGACAAUCUGAUUUUCCAGGCGCUGGAUGUCACCAAGGCCGAGGAGUGGAAGGCCGUUGUGGAUAAGGCGAUGGAGAGGUUUGGGAGAUUGGAUGUUUUGGUUAAUAAUGCGGGGACGACGUAUCGGAAUAAGCCAACUGCAGAAGUCACCGAAGCAGAAUGGGAACGCGUCUUCAACGUCAACGUGAAAGGCAUCUUCCUGGGCACGAACGCCUUCAUCCCGAAACUGAUCGAGCAGGGACAAGGCGGUUCAAUGAUCAAUGUUUCGUCGACGGGAGCGACGAGACCCAGACCUGGAUUGGUGUGGUAUAAUGCGUCCAAGGGGGCCGUGUCGAAUGCAACAAAAGGCCUAGCAGCCGAAUACGGUCCGCACAAUAUCCGCGUCAACACCGUCUCGCCUCUCUUAUCUGGAACAGGCCUCUUCUCCAUGUUCACUGGCAUGCCAGAUACGCCUGAAAACCGAGAGAAGUUUAUCGGGAACGUGCCACUUGGCAGACUGACGGAUCCCGAGGACGUCGCGAACAUGUGUCUGUAUCUGGCAAGUGACGAGGGGAGUUUCGUGAACGGGACUGAGAUGAUCGUCGAUGGAGGGAAGUGUAUUUAG